AUGGAGAAGGCCACGUCGUCGUCGUUCCAUGUGCAGGCGGCGGCAGCCGUCCUGCCGCUAUCGUUGGUGCUGGCGGUGGGCAGCCAAGGCCGGGACGAGGCGUUGCCCACGGCAGACCUGAACGGCAAGACGGUGCGGCUGUUCGAGUGCCUCUUCUGCAACAGGACGUUCCUCAAGCCGCAGGCUCUCGGCGGUCACCAGAACGCGCACCGCAGGGAACGCGCCGCCGGCUCCAAAAACCCCUACAGCGACGGCCCAAUCGGAGGCGCCGCCGCCGUGGCCGCGUCCACCGGGCGCGCGUCCAUGGAUUGCUCUUCCAUCGCUUCGCAUGGCGGUGCCGUGGCGGCCCCUGGACCUGGACCAGUUCUUCCAUCUCUACGCUUCGCCGAGCGCGCGCUGCCCCUGGACGGCGAGGCUGGCACUCUCAGCUUGGCAAGGGCCUCCGUCCGCAGCGGCGCCGGAAAGCCGCUGGACCUCGAACUACGCCUCUAGUGUCGUCUGCUGGGUGCUGCCAUUCAUAUUCCACAGGUAAAUACUUCUUAACUCGACGCUAUUUCUUCUUUGAGAAAACUACGGCGGGCCAGAACCAAUUUUUCCUCGAUAAAAUUUGAUGUACAAAAAAAAGCGAG